AUGUUCAAACAAUAUCACCAUUUCCUUGCUCUUCAGUAUGCUGUUGAUGAGAUCAACAAGAACCCCUAUUUGCUGCCCAACAGAACUUUGGGAUAUCAGUUACUCAAUAACUUCCAUCUGGAGAAACUAGCUGUGGAGAGCUCCUUAAUAUGGCUAUCAGGGAGAGGUCCCAUUAUCCCCAAUUAUAGCUGUGAUAAACAGUCCAAUUCUGUGGCUGUCAUUGGAGGGAUGUCCGCUACACUUUCCAUGGCCAUGGCCACCAUUCUUGAACUGUAUAAAGUUCCACAGAGAUUCAACAUUAAGGAAGAAGACAUAGAUUGGCCAGAAGAUUUCCAUCAGACUCCAACUUCUAGGUGCAAUCUGAAGUGUGGCCCUGGAUUCCAAAAGACAGCUCUUGAAAGCCAGCCCAGGUGUUGCUAUGCUUGCACCCCAUGUCCUGAAGGAACAAUUUCCAACCAGACAGAUGCAGAGCAGUGCCUGCAGUGCCCUGAAGAUCAAUAUCCAAAUAGGGAAAGAAAUCAUUGCCUCCCCAAGACUGUGAUCUUCCUGGCCUAUGAAGAACCUCUGGGAAUGACGCUGGCCUGUGCAGCCAUUUGCUUCUCCCUCCUUACUGUGCUUGUCCUGGGGGUCUUUGUGAAGCACAGGGACACCCCCAUAGUCAAAGCCAAUAACCGCAGUCUCAGCUACACUCUGCUGGUCUCCCUUGGCCUCUGCUUCCUCUGCUCCUUGCUCUUCAUUGGUCAUCCUACCACAGCCACCUGUCUGCUGCGACAAACGACAUUUGCAGUUGUCUUUACAGUAGCCAUUUCCUCCAUUUUAGCUAAAACCAUCACUGUGGUUCUGGCCUUCAGGGCCACCAGACCAGGGAGCAGGCUCCGGAGCUGGCUGGGAUCCACAGCAUCUUACUCUCUCAUUUUCACCUGCACCCUCAUCCAAAUGUGUCUCUGUGGCAUCUGGCUUGGGACAUCCCCCCCCUUCCUGGAGAUGGACAUCCACUCUGAACCUGGCUCCAUUAUCAUCCAGUGCAACGAGGGCUCCCUCCUCAUCUUCUACUGUGUCCUGGGCUACAUGGCCUUGCUGGCCUUGGCAAGCUUCACUAUGGCUUUCCUGGCCAGGAACCUGCCAGAUACUUUCAACGAAGCCAAGUUCCUGACCUUCAGCAUGCUUGUGUUCUGCAGUGUCUGGAUCGCCUUCCUGCCCUCGUACCAGAACUCCAAGGGCAAGGCCAUUGUGGCCUUGGAAGUCUUUGCCAUCUUGACCUCCAGUGCUGGGAUUCUCGCUUGCAUCUUUGCUCCUAAGUGCUUUGUGAUCCUUCUAAGAUCAGAACAAAAUACUCUGGGGAUACUUAAAAAGAAAGUUACUUCCUGA